AUGGGAAUCGCCUUGGGCGUGACCAUCCAUGGAAGCUCCAAUGGCACCACGCAUGUCUACGGCUACCACCCCCGCCAAAGGGUCGGAUCCGAAGCCGAAGGAGGCUGCAUCCCCCUCAUGCCCUGCGUCAUGCGGGUCUGCCAUCUCAGGCAGGGACCCUCACCCAAUGUGCAUAACCUGCAUGGGCGCAAAACACGCUCAGGCAGCGCUCGCUGA